CAAAGAACCAGUUUUAUCUUGAAAGCACGCAAGCAAGGCGUGGUCGUUAAUGGUUGGAGGUCGUCGAGGACGAAUAUAGUAGGGGAACUCAACGGAACAUGUCGAAAACAGCCGAAUGUGCCGUUUCUCUAUUGAUCGUAAAGCGUGAUAGUGUGUGGUGUUCAGGGACAUUUGUGCAAACACGUGCGCGCGUGCACAUUCACACAAAUAUGCACAGACGUAUAUACAAACAUAUACGACAUAUACGUAUACUUGACUAUCGAUCCUAUCCCUACCCGUCGUUUUUCGUCCUUUGAUUGUAGCAGCAUCUGCAGUAGCAGCAGCAGCAGCAACAUCAGCAUUAGUAUCAGCAUCAGCAUCAGUAUCAGCAUCAGUAGCAGGUUAAACUAAUGACAUGCUGACUCAAGUUGGUCAAAGUCCAACGGAAAUUCAAUAAAUGCAAUAAUACAGUUAUUUUAACUUACAUAUAAAUGCGUUUUAUUGAUAUUAGCAAUGAUUUUAUAUUUCUCGUUCAUAUCAAGCCAUAGUUCAUAAAAUGUUUUGAUAAGAAAAUUUGUACAUUACUUUAUGUGUCAAGGCUUGAUUAUUUUAUGCCUAUUAUACUUUAGAAGACUAUAAAAUAAUUAAAACUGUAAUUAACUUGCUAAUUUUAUCUUAUAUAAGAAGUAAAUGCAUUUGACGAAAAUAUGUUUGGAUCUUUGCGUAAUAAAUUCCAGACAGUACAAGAAGGUUUAUCCGCUAGUAUACGAGGUUUAACAGUAGUAGAAAAUCCUAAACAGAAAAAAACUGUUAGAUCAAGAAAUGUUAAUUAUGAUGCAGGUGCAGAUGUUUUACAUCAUUUUCAGUUACAAUGGAACGAAUUACAUGAAUUGGCGGAAAUAAAUGCAGCUAAAGCUCAAGAAGUUGAUACUCUUGUAACUAACAUUUAUGGUAAAUUGGAAUACGAAUGGAAUAAUAUAACAUGUUUAAACAACACUUUAGCUAUAAUUCCACAAAUAAAUAAUGGAAUACAAAAUCUCAUGGAUCAAAUAGGAACACUGGAAGAAAUGUUUGAAGAAGUCGAAGGAGCUUUGUAUAAAUUAGAAGAUCUUAAUGAAAUGAUAGAUUUACAGAGCAGACAACUGGAUCACAGAUUUCAGUUGGCUUUAUAUAAAGAGAAAAGAUUAUCAGAAAUCAAUUCUGUAAAAGCAAAAUUAGCAAAUGAACAUAUUGACAGAGUAUCAAAGCAUGAACAGAAGCAACAAGUAAUGUUAAAGGAACGACAAGAAACUUUUGAUGAAGUUUUUAAAGGAGAAUUAGAAGCUUAUAAAGCAACAGGAUAUAUACCUAAAAUACCAACAACUAAAGAAGGUCCAUCUUUGGAUGAAAUAGUAUUGGAUGUAGAUUCUCAAAUGUUUGAUGAAUUCUUAGAGAAUUGAAAAUUUAUUAAGAUCCUAUCAUUUUAGAUACUUUUCCUUUUCCAUUCUAUUCUCUUUUUCCACUUAAUUAAAUGCAUUAUAUUAUU